UGGUGUUCGACGCGCCUUCCACACGCGUUCUUUCUAUCAUGCAGGUUUAAGUGGAUGGGCAUUUUAGACUUCGAACUUUGAUAUCAACAUCUUAUCGACUUCUUCACAACAACCUACGACAACUUCAACGACCAUUGAACACUUAUAAGUAAUAGUAUUCUCUUCCCCUUAUCCAUGUCUUGACCUACACAUUCGUUUCAUUCUUUGCUCGCCACCCUACGACAUCUAAUUCAUGGUUAAUGGUCUGAUGGUUCCUCGAAUCUCCCUCUAUUGAUUCGUUUGCUUUGUGUUGCUAACAUCAUUGUCAAUAUGGGGAUCAGUGGCCUUCUCCCUUUGCUUAAAUCCAUACAAAAGCCAUGUAAUUUGAAGAAGUUCGAUGGCAAAACCCUCGGGGUGGAUGCUUAUGGCUGGCUACAUCGUGGAGCUGUAUCAUGUGCUUUGGAACUUGCCAUGGGAAAGCCAACAAGAAAAUAUGUUGAGUAUUGUGUGCACCGGGUACGGAUGCUGCUCCAUUUUGGCGUCACUCCUUACUUGAUAUUCGAUGGAGAUUACUUGCCAAGUAAGGCUGUGACAGAGAAGGACAGAGAAAAGCGUCGGAAAGAUAGUAAACGACUUGGGCAAGAGUUAUUAAAUGCCGGAAAGACUUCCCAAGCGUACAUGGAAUUUCAAAAAGCAGUCGAUGUAACUCCAGAGAUGGCCCGCCAUGUUAUUGAUGAGUUGAAAGAGAUGGGAGUACAAUAUAUUGUAGCUCCAUAUGAAGCCGAUGCCCAAAUGGUCUACCUGGAGCGAAAAGGCAUAAUCGAUGGAAUAUUAUCUGAGGACUCUGAUCUUCUAGUAUUCGGUGCUAAAUGUCUUCUUACCAAGUUGGACCAGUAUGGAAAUUGUAUCGAGGUCAACAAGGCCGAUUUCUGCGCUUGCAAAGAUGUUAAUUUGACGGGCUGGUCUGACGCCGAGUUUCGAAGAAUGGCAAUACUAAGUGGGUGCGAUUAUUUGCCUAGUAUGAGCAAUAUGGGCCUAAAGACAGCCUAUCGGUUGGUUCGGAAGCAUAAGACGAUCGAGAACGUCCUCCGUAUGAUUCAAUUUGACGGAAAAUUUCACGUACCGAAAAAUUACCUGGAAUCUUUUUACCAAGCCGAAUUCACCUUUUUACAUCAAAGAGUUUUCUGUCCCCACUCUCUCACUUUAGUGCUCCACACCCAACCCGAUCUUCCACUCACGGAAGAUCAAACCCAAUUUAUUGGGCACGACGUUUUACCAGAAAUUGCCCAAGGAGUUGCGAAAGGCGAUUUGAAUCCUAUCACCAAGCAACCUAUCAUCACUGGGCGCAGAAGCAAGAUGGCAAAUCCUUUCAUGGCUUCGAAGAGAUCUGUAUCCACAAGCGAUCUCAAGAAGGGUGUUUCAAUCGAGACAUAUUUCAAAGCCAAGAGGACUCCUCUUGCGGAACUGGACAUCAAUUCCUUUACACAUUCUCGUAGUCAACAGGAGGUUCUUUCUCGCAAUCCUGGCUCAUGGGUUGCUGAACCAGUCCGCCUUCAUCUGCAACGAGCUACCACCGAUCUCGAGCCCCAAUUACCUCCUCAUGCCACUUCGCAAAGACCCGUUUCGACUGGAAGAAGAGUGAUGUCGCCCACAGAGUCUCGUCCACAAAAGCGUGCUCGUCUAUGUGAAGAUGAUUCCUCUCUCCAAACACCCGGAACUGGCCAAAAAGUGGAACUUGGUCGAAGCCGGUUCUUUGCAGACGGAUUCGAGGAUGAUAGUCCAAGCGUUAACAAGGUCUCCAAGAAAAAGAAUAAACAGAAGGAAGAUAUUACCAUCUUCUCGGAUGAUUCCAUUGAGGAAGCGAUGAUGAGCAUUCCAGAUGUCGAUAACUACUUGACAAACAAGCAGCCCAAAAUCAAAAUUUUCAGAGACGCUUCAUUCAAAUCUACUCUUGACUCACCGCAAAGCACAAGUACGUUAACCGAGCACGAUCAGACUGAAAAGUCCCAGGACACGGUCCCUAGCCUCGAAUCUUCGACCUCCAGUAGGAAUUCAUCUGAGCAACCUCCAUCUCCGAUCCCCGAAUCGUCCACCCCGUUUCCAAGUCUGAAAAGCAGGUAUUCUUUUGAUGCUUCGACUCUGAGAACGCCAAAGACCAUUUUCAACCAAGGUCUUCCAACUCCAACUUCCUCCUCGGCUCAGUCCCAAUCGAAGAUUCCUGUUUCAACAAAGUUAACCACUGCAGCUUCAAAGAAAUCCCUUGCCACCUCUACUAGAUCUGUUCUCACGCCUCUUCAACGAUUGAGUGCUGUCGCACACAACCGCUUCAACCUACCACCAACACCACCAAUGACGCCUAUGGCGCCUAUGCUUUCUGCUGGUCCCAUCGCCUUUCUUCGAGGGACAACCGGCCUUUCUUCCCCCGAAAACAGCAAAGAUAACAAAUCAAACUUGGCAGACGUUAAACCGGCAUCCAUUCCAUUGCCCCCAGUUGAUGCGAUUGAGGAGGCUGCUUUGAAUUCAAAGGGUAGCGAGGAUAUGAUUAUACCAGACAGCGAGGGAGAGGAUGAGCAAUUGUCACCUAUCGAAGAGGGACAAAGUAAGAAUUUUGGCCUCCAUUUGGGACGGUUUGUAUAUGCUGGUUAAAGAUGCUGAGAAGACCUACUCGGAUAUGAUGAACACUAUGACCCUACAGCAUGAAGGAAAGCUACGAACACAUCGACAAUGCUAAGAGUAAGAAUAACGAAACUUGAUCGACACGCAUACUACAAGCAGCAGAUGAGCAAACAUUAUUGGAUUAAUUGUUACUGUUAGAUUUACUAUAUUGGAGUUUGGAGCGAAGGAUUAAUUCCGGAAUUGUGGCAUGGGAGGAAUAACAAAAGAUUGUUUGGUGUUGGGAGUAAUAGAAAGCUAAGAGAAAGAUUCAUUGUGUGUUUCUCAUUGCAAGUGAGAAGAGAGAGAUGGGAAAAUAGAUGAAGGCAAAAAUGAUAUCCUGUUGCUCUUGUUUUUGAGCCUUGAAUAAGGCUAUUAGUUAUGGUUAGGAUUAGUAUUGAAUAGGAUGGAAUGAGCAACGAUGAUUCAAAA